AUGGCGCUCAAGGGACAAGUCGGUCAGAAGAUUAUGAACGAGGUCAUUAAACAAAAAAAGGCCUCGGGAACUGGUGUUCAAUGGCGUAUUUUGGUAGUAGACCAGCUUGCCAUGCGGAUGGUAUCGGCAUGCUGCAAGAUGCACGAUAUCAGUGCCCAAGGCAUCACUUUGGUAGAAGAUAUCAACAAGAAACGGGAACCACUGCCUACUAUGGAAGCGAUCUAUCUGAUCACGCCCUGCAAUAAUUCUGUGCAAAAACUAAUUGAAGACUUCAGCAAUCCGACACGGACCAUUUAUAAAGUCGCGCACGUUUAUUUCACAGAAGCUUGUCCUGAAGAGUUGUUCAAAGUAUUGUGUCAAUCGCUGGUAGCUAAACGCAUAAAGACACUAAAAGAGCUCAACACCGCUUUCAUACCAUAUGAAGAGCAGGUGUUCUCUUUGGACUCGCGCGAAACGUUCGCUUGCUUUUACAACGCUUCUUUCGCCAACUUGAGAACUGCAAAUAUGGAGAGAAUAGCCGAACAGAUCGCGACCCUUUGCGCUACUCUUGGGGAAUAUCCGUCUGUCAGAUACCGAAGUGACUUUGAUCGAAACGUGGAACUGGCACACAUGGUUCAACAGAAAUUAGAUGCUUACAAAGCGGAUGAACCGACAAUGGGAGAAGGGCCAGAGAAAGCUCGUUCUCAGUUGCUGAUCUUAGAUAGAGGAUUUGAUUGCGUUUCUCCACUGUUGCACGAGUUGACGCUGCAAGCUAUGGCAUAUGAUUUAUUAGACAUUGAAAACGAUGUUUACAGGUUCGAGGCGUCAGCUGGAGUGCAAAAGGAAGUAUUAUUAGACGAGAAUGAUGAUUUGUGGGUAGAACUUAGACACCAGCACAUUGCUGUAGUUUCACAGAAUGUUACCAAAAACCUGAAAAAGUUCACCGAAUCAAAAAGAAUGCCCCAAGGAGACAAACAGAGCAUGAGGGACCUUUCGCAGAUGAUCAAGAAAAUGCCACAGUAUCAGAAAGAGUUAAGCAAAUAUGCAACGCAUUUACAAUUAGCUGAAGACUGUAUGAAACGUUAUCAGGGGAGUGUGGAUAAGCUUUGCAAAGUGGAACAAGAUUUAGCAAUGGGUACAGAUGCCGAAGGUGAACGUAUCAAAGAUCAAAUGAAAAACAUUACGCCAAUUUUACUUGAUCAAACUGUGCAUCAUUUAGACAAGCUACGAAUUAUCGCCUUAUAUGUUAUUAGCAAAAAUGGCAUUACUGACGAAAACCUUAAUCGUUUAGUUCAUCACGCUCAAAUAUCAGUGGAUGACAAGCAGACCAUAGUAAACAUGGCAAACCUGGGAAUCAAUAUUGUCGUAGACGGUGGCAACCGUAAGAAAUUGUAUACCGUACAACGUAAAGAAAGAAUUACGGAACAAACUUACCAAAUGAGUCGUUGGACACCGAUUAUGAAAGACAUUAUGGAAGACGCCAUUGAAGAUAAGCUUGACUCUAAACAUUUCCCAUUCCUAGCAGGCCGUGCAGCCAGUUCGGGAUAUCAUGCACCAACCAGUGCACGAUAUGGACACUGGCAUAAAGAUAAGGGGCAACAAACCAUUAAGAAUGUACCACGCCUGAUCGUCUUCGUCGUCGGUGGUGUUUGCUUCUCUGAAAUACGAUGCGCUUAUGAAGUAACAAAUACUUUGAAAAAUUGGGAAGUGAUAAUGGGCUCGUCGCAUAUAAUCACGCCGAAAUCCUUCCUGGACGAUUUGAGUAAACUUCACGUGUAAAGACAUUUUCAUGUAGACAGAUGAGAAACCACAUUCCCAUAUUUCCUAAUACGCCAUUAGCUUUGGCUCCAUCAGUAAUACCAGCUA